CACCUCCCCGCCCCUGCCCAGCGCGCAGCGGGAGGCCGAGGAGCGGCGGCAGCCAUGGUGUUGAACCCGGUGCUGGGGAAGCUGGUCAGCAAGCGGGUGGUGCUGGCCAGCGCCUCGCCGCGCCGCCGGGAGAUCCUCACCAACGUGGGCCUGCGUUUUGAGGUGGUUCCAUCCUGGUUUAAGGAGACGCUUGAAAAGUCAUCUUUUGCAGCCCCUUUUGAGUAUGCUGUGGAAACAGCAAGACAGAAAGCUCUUGAAGUAGCAAACAGAAUGCAUGUAAAGCACAUGAGAACACCUGAUGUUGUCAUAGGAGCAGACACUAUUGUGUCUGUGGAUGAGCAGAUCCUGGAGAAACCUGUUGAUAAGCAAGAUGCCUAUAGGAUGCUGUCAAGGUUGAAUGGGAAAGAGCACAGUGUCUUCACAGGAGUGGCUAUUAUACAUUGCUGCAGUAAAGACAAUAAGCUAGAGAUGGAAAUCACUGAUUUCUAUGAAGAGACUAAAGUAAAAUUUUCUGAGCUGUCUGAAGAGCUCCUAUGGGAGUACAUUCAUAGCGGGGAGCCAAUGGACAAGGCAGGUGGAUACGGUAUCCAGGCCCUUGGUGGAAUGUUAGUUGAGUAUGUCCAUGGAGACUUCUUGAAUGUGGUGGGAUUUCCUCUGAAUCACUUCUGCAAAAAGCUAGCAGAAUUGUACUAUCCGCCCUCUAAGCAUAAUGUACAACAUAAAAAGUAUGACUCUGUCCCUUCUGUGGACACUUUUGAGAACCUAAGUGAUGGAGAAAGUGAAUCUUCAAAUUUUACUGAGCACAAAGGUGCCAGUAAGUUGGACAGCAGUGGGAUGCAUUCCUCAGGAGCUGUUUACACUUCUGAAAACAGUUCUGGUGUCAGAACUGGUUUUACAGUACCUUUGGAAAAUCAGAAUGGCGUGCCACAAAAAGCACCAAAAGUUCCAUCUAAAAUUCUAGAGCUGAUGGAUGGUUUCAGGGCUUCAAAGGCUCUGUUUGUAGCCUCUAAGCUGAAGAUGUUUGAUCAUCUGAAACAUAAAGGUCCAGUGAAAGCUGUGGAUAUUGCAAAUGAGAUUGGAACCUCUGUGUGUGGAACAGAAAGACUCCUUGAUGCAUGUGCUGCUCUUGGAUUACUGGAGAAGACACCACAAGGUUACAGUAAUACAGACUCAGCAAAUACCUUCCUGACCUCAGAUGGUGAAUACUCGCUUCAUGGCUACAUUAUUCACUCUAAUGAUCAUCUUUGGCCUCUCUUUACAAACUUGGAGUCUGCUGUCAAAGAAGGCAGCAGGCAGAAUCAUCGAGCCUUUGGAAAGAAAGCAGAGGAUUUAUUUAAGGACUAUUAUCACAGCCAGGAGGGAAAGCAACGUUUUAUGGCUGCCAUGCACAGCAUUGCUCACCUGACAGCAAGAGACGUGGCUACAGCAUUUGAUCUUUCACGGUUUAAAUCUGCUUGUGAUUUAGGAGGUUGCACUGGAGCUCUGGCUCGUGAAUUAGUACAAAUAUACCCAAAUCUCAAGGUCACAGUAUUUGACCUUCCAGAAGUCAUUGCAAACACUUCUUACUUUCAGCCGUCAGGACAAGACACAGCUCCAGUGACAUUUGUAUCAGGUGACUUCUUCAAGGAUAAUCUUCCAGAAGCAGAUCUUUAUAUCCUUUCACGUGUUCUUCAUGACUGGCCUGAUGAAAAGAUACAUGUGCUGUUAAGCAAGAUAUCAGCUCUUUGCAGACCAGGAAGUGCCUUGCUAGUGGCAGAAACUGUGCUUGAUGAACAGAAGACGCACCCCCCUAGAGCUGUGCUACAGUCCCUCAGUAUGACUGAAGGCAAGCAGAGAAGUGGCUCAGAAUAUAAACAGCUACUGGAGAAAUACAGUUUCACAGAUGUACAAAUUAAGAUCACAGGAAACUUAUUAGAUGCUGUUCUAUGCUUCAAAAAGAGUCUGUCACUGUAGUGUGCCCAGAAGCAAACUGGAAUUUCCACCCACUUGUGCAAUAUACCCAUCAUCAACCAACACCUGUUACCAGUUUAGGAUUAUUCUGAUGCUUUAUCUGAAGCAGAGUUAUUACAAAAAGUUG